AUGAACCCUCAGGAUGGGGAGCAGGGUAACCCGGCUCACUCCCUUUUCGAAACCUUCCUCCGUGCCAACCACUGCGAGGAGGUGCUGGGCAGCUUCCAGGCCUUAUGCAGGCAGCUGGCUCUGGAGCACAAGGGCCAGCUGCAGUUCUACCAUAAGCUCAAGUCCUGCCUUAACUACUGGAGUGCCAAGGCCCUGUGGGGCAAGCUGGAUAAGAAGGCUGGACACAAAGACUAUGACCAGGGAAAGGCAUGUGCCAACACCAAGUGCCUGAUCAUCGGGGCAGGCCCCUGCGGGCUCCGCACCGCCAUCGAGCUGGCCUUCCUGGGAGCCCACGUCGUGCUGGUGGAGAAGAGAGACUCCUUUUCCCGCAACAACGUGCUGCACCUCUGGCCUUUCACCAUCCACGACCUGCGGGCGCUGGGCGCCAAGAAGUUCUACGGGCGCUUCUGCACCGGGGCCUUGGACCACAUCAGUAUCCGUCAGUUGCAGCUGAUCCUCCUGAAGGUUGCCUUGCUCCUGGGGGUUGAAAUUCACGUCAACGUGCAGUUUAAGGGGCUCAUCCCCCCUGCAGCGAAGGGGAGCGGACAGGGUGGUGGCUGGAAGGCUGCGCUCCAGCCCAGCUCCUCUCCUGUGGGGCAGUAUGAAUUUGACGUCCUCAUCUCAGCUGGAGGAGGCAAAUUUGUGCCUGAAGGGUUCAAGCGGAAGGAGACGCGUGGGAAGCUGGCGAUCGGCAUCACCACCAACUUCGUCAACCGCCACAGCCGGGCCGAGGUGGAGGUGGCUGAGAUUAGCGGUGUGGCCCGCAUCUACAACCAGCAGUUCUUCCAGAACCUCUACAACAAAACGGGUAUCGACUUGGAGAACAUUGUCUACUACAAAGACGACACCCACUAUUUUGUCAUGACGGCCAAAAAACAGAGCCUGCUCAAAAAGGGGGUCAUUGUACAGGACAAAGCGGACAUAGAGAGCCUGCUGUCUGCUGAGAACGUCAAUCAAGAAGCCCUCCUCAGCUAUGCCAAGGAAUCCGCCAACUUCUCCACCAACUAUCAGCUGCCUGACUUGGAGUUCGCUCUGAACCACCGGAACCGCCCGGACGUCGACAUGUUUGACUUCACCUGCAUGAACCGUUCGGAGAACGCGGCCCUGGUGCGCGAGUGCCACGGGGCCCGGCUGCUCAUCGGGCUGGUGGGAGACUGUUUGGUGGAGCCAUUCUGGCCUCUGGGCACUGGCGUGGCGCGGGGUUUUUUGGCCGCCUUUGACGCUGCUUGGAUGGUGAAAAGAUGGGCGGCAGGAACCGCCCCGCUGGACCUUCUGGCUGAGAGGGAGAGCAUCUACCAGCAGCUGUCUCAAACAUCCCCCGACAACACCAACAAAAACAUCAGCCAGUACAGCAUUGACCCUACCACUCGCUACCGCAACAUCAACCUCCAAGCCAUAAAGCCCAACCAGGUCCGUGACCUGUAUGUAGUGGGGAAGAUCGAGAUCGACCAUAAGAAGAGAGACAGUCGCAACAGCAGAGGCAAGGCCUAUGAGGGGCUCCUGAGCUGGUGCCAGACCCACACGGAGGGUUACCGCGGCGUCACGGUGACAGACUUCACGUACUCCUGGAAAAGCGGCCUGGCCCUGUGCGCCCUCAUCCACCACUUCCGGCCCAACCUCCUAGAUUUCAACUCCCUGGACCAGCACAGUCCCCUCAAGAACAAUCAGAUGGCCUUGGACAUAGCCGAGCAGGAGCUAGGCAUCCCGCCCGUCCUCUCCAGCACCGAAAUGGCCGCUGGGGCCGAGCCCAACCAGCUCGGACUCAUCACCUACCUGAGCCAGUUCUAUGAAGCCUUCAAGCUGUUACCUCCAGCGUGCCCACCAGCCUCUGAGGAGAGAGCGAGGAAGCUGCUGGCUUCUCCUGGCACCCGGGGAGCCGUCCUGUUCCUCAGCAAGCUCCAGAAGACUCUGAGUCUGACUCGCAAGCGUAACCAGGACAGUGCCCAGAAGGAUGCCGAGACCAAGAGGACGAGGAGAGAAGCAGGGCUGGAAUCAGGGGUGGAAGGCGACUUGUUCAUUGCUGACCUUGGCUGGGGGACUAACCGCCAGGAGCAGCCUCAACCCACGGAGAUCAACCCUUCCGAUUCCACGCUGGGCAGGCGGCAGAGCUCGCUCACCUCCCCCGCGGAGAGCAGCGAUGCCUGUUACUUCUGCGGCAAGCGGGUGUACAUCCUGGAGCGGGUCAGCGCCGAGGGGCACUUCUUCCACCGAGGCUGCUUCCAGUGUCAUCAAUGCGGAACCACGCUGCGGCUGGGAGACUUCGUCUUUGACGAGGAUGACGGACACUUCUACUGCAUGCUGCACUAUUCCAGCCCCCACAGCGUGGAGGUGACGGACAGCGCAUGCCAUGCCGCACCACAGGAGGAUCCCUCCCAGGGCGCCCGAUUCUGCUCUCCCUCCAACGCUGGCAGCCUGGGCUUGGCCACUGGGGCGGCGAAGCUCAGAGUGGAUUCUGAUGGGCAGGGCCCGCCUGGGAGCCCGUCCUCCUUCCCGAAACAGCUGUCAGCGGCUCAGCCGUCAGAGCCGUGGGAGGGAGCUGGAGGAGCUGGGGAGGGCGCCGUUCCAGCCAGAGAGGACAGAGGCUCUGGCACGGCAGACAUGCAGCAACCUGCAGCUCAGCCCCGCACUGUGCUGGAGGAGAACGUGGGAAGGCCCAUCUCCUCCCUUGUGGCAGGCAGGGCCCAGCCUCAGGAGCCUGGAGCUGGCCUAGGAGAUCGGGCCAGCGGCUGGCCUCAGCGGGAGGAACAGAGUCUCCGUGAACGCAGCCGCUCGGGCACAGUGCUGCGGCAACCCAGCCCAGAGCCUCGGCCUCCAGAAAAGGGGCCCGCAGCCCCCGACUUCAGGCAGGCUGAGGAGGAGGGGGAAGACAGCAGGAAGAGGAAGAAAAUUCAGCUGUCGCCCUUGGAAAAGCUCAAGCUGUCCACGCUCAGCCUGGACUCCGAGACAGAAAGCCAGGGGGGUCCUGGGAAGCACCAGGCAGGCUCAGAGCCAUUCCGAAGCGCCGCCCCGGCGAAAGACCAGGGUACUCUGGAGAGAGGGCAGGUCUGCUGGGUUGAGCCUGGAUUCAGCGAGGAGGCCGAAGACGUAGAGGAGACUGACAGUGAUGACGAAGAGGAGGAGAAAGAGGAGGAGAGCCAAGACCUUGGGUACUUAACAGAGAACCGUCUCCUAAGUUUGGGUGAAAAGGAAAAAUAUCCCACCUGGAAGAGAACACUGACCCGCCGCGCCAAAGAGGAAGAGAUGAAGAGGUUCUGCAAAGCCCAGUCCAUCCAGAGGCGUCUGGAGGAGAUUGAGGUGACGUUCCGGAAGCUGGAGGAGAAGGGGAUACAGCUGGAGAGAUCACUGCGGGGCGAAGGAGGGACCCAGUCUGAGCUGAAGACCCAGUGGAUGAACAAAUUACUCUCUCUGGUGCAGAAGAAGAACAGCCUGGUUUCCGAGGAGUCGGACCUCAUGAUUGAGGCGCAAGAGCUGAAGCUGGAGGAGAAGCAGUGCCAGCUGGACCAGGAACUGCGGCGAUACAUGAACAUGGAAGAGACGCUGAAGAUGCCCCAGGACAGGCUGGCGGAGAAGGAGAUCCUGGCCCAGCUGCUGGAGGUGGUGAACCAGCGAAAUGCCCUGAUCCACGUGCUGGAGGAGAAGCGCCUUAGCGAGCUGAAAUGCGAGGACAAGCCCAGUUCUUGGAACGGGGGCUUCUGUUGA